AUGGGUCGUUCGGACGAUGGGAUGUUUGCUUUGGAACCACCAGCAGAGAUUCCAGUCGAUUGCCUUGUUGAAGGGAGCGAGACGCUUGUUCCAAUGAUCUUCACAGCCCCAGACGCCUCAGCCUCUUAUCGAGCGCUCAUAGGCGGCUGGAAGGAAGGCGAUGAGUUGCCUUGGGUCUUCUCGCGCCCCGCGGAAGUAAUGCAGUUCACUGAGUGGAGCACGCAUGAGUGGGAUGCAGGAUCGCAGCCCAUCCUCAAAGGCAUCGAGGCUGAGCCUGACGGUCGUUCCCUCAAGGACAUGGAGCGAGAGUUGAUCCUGGCUCUGCUCAGCAGGGCGGUGGGCAAG